GAAAAAUAAUCAUUAAUUACCUACUUAAUGUUAAACAAAAUAAGAUCAUAUAAUUUUACCAAAUCAAUUUCUUCAUCAUCUUCUACAAGAUAUUUAGGCUUUCAAGGGUAUGAUUUCAGGAUUCUGUUAAUUUGUGUGUUGUCGAUGUUUCGUUAGUGAUCUCAUGGAACGUCCUCAAAAUUCUUCACUAUUUCGAUGUAUUGACGCGUUGUAAAGCCAGAAUCUUUUCAAAUUUCCCUCGAAAAACCAUCAUUACCAUAGAAAUAAAUACUGUUUCUAUUGCCCAUUGUCAAUCACAGUCCUUAUUUAUGUCAUGUCUAUGUCCUAUAUCUAUGACAUACUCUGUCAUAUUAUUUAUGUCUGUCAUAGUCUAUGGAUCUACAAAAAGUGUCAUGGUGGAAUAUCAAGGGUCAAGGGAUGAUUGAAAGAGGUUAUCGUUUUAGUAGACUGCUUUUAGGUUAGGUUAAGUAAAUAUAUAAAAACAGAUAUUAAUUAUAAAUUUAAUUAUGGAAAAAAUGGAAGUGGAUAAUUAUAACUCUGUAUUGGAUGAAUUACUGCAAUCAAAUAAAGAUGACAAAAAUCUCAAUAACUCUUGCAUAAAAGUUAGCAAAGAUAUUUGUUCUUCAAAAUUAACAGUAGUUGAUUUAGUAGAACAAUUAAGAGUUCUUCUAAUCGAUACAUCAUCAGAAAAACGAGAUUAUGGUCUGUUAAUAUUAACAAAAGUAUUGAAUAAUCUUCCAACAAAUUUUUUAAAUUCUGAUCAAAUAAAGUUUAUCAGUUCAUUUUACGCCGAUAGGCUAAAGGAUCAUCAUCAAGUUGUUCCAACAGCUUUACAAGGUAUUCUUGUACUGUUUAAGUUUGAUAAUAUUGUUGAAGGAUGCAUUACACAAAUUUUGCAGUCACUUUUUCAAAACAUUUCAUGCCAACAACAACAACUACAUGAUCGAUAUUCCAUCUAUCAAAUUUUUGAAAAAUCAUUACAGAUUAGGACAACAGAAGUACUAGCUAUGAGCUUCGAUUUUGUGUAUGGAGUUAUCACAGCUAUAGAUGGAGAAAGGGAUCCUAGAAAUUUGCUUUAUCUGUUUUCAUGGUUACCUAAGUUCAUAAAGUUGGUUAACUUGGGACAUUUGACUGAAGAAAUGUUUGAAGUUGUUGCAUGUUACUUCCCUGUUGAUUUUAAAGCACCUGGUGACAAUAUAAAUGGCAUCAGCAGAGAUACCCUGGCUCAAGCUUUAUGUCCUUGUUUGUGUUGCAUUGAAAGUUUUGCACAGUUUUGUUUACCAUUAGCUAUAGAGAAGCUAUCGUCUUCCUUAAAAACAGCUCAAUUGGAUUCAUUAGAUCUCCUGAUUGAAAGUUGUCGAAUGUUCUCAUCAGACAGUUUUGCACAACAUUCUGUUGAAAUAUGGUCUUUACUUGAGAAAGAAGUUUUGAAUGGUACAGACGCACAAAUUGUAAACAAAUGUUUGGAAACACUAACACAUGUUGUAAAUAAACUUUCUCAAUCUGCUACUACUACCGAUUGCUUUGUACAAACAGUGGAAGACAUCACAGAUACUGUAAAAGGGAAUUUAAGACCUGAUACUCGAUUGUUUCAACCAUCAGUAAAAAUAUUACUUUAUUUAGCUAAAGCUUCUGAGAAAUCCGUUGAUUAUGUUAUAAAAAACGUCCUUCCUCAACUAGUGAAUACUUAUAAUAUCACUUCUACCCCCUUGCAUCAAUCUUUCUUGUUAGAAAGCAUGGUUGAUUUUACCAAAGUUUAUGUUGAAGUGACUGGAAACAUUGACAUUAAGGGGACAAAAGAGCUCUCUUUUAUACCCAAUUUAUGUCUUAAGGCGUCGAUUCACGAGGAUCCAAACAUUAGAAAAGUUGGAUUAGAUAGUAUUGGAGAAAUAGCUGAAUCAAUUCCAAAAUACCUAAGAGAAAAUGUUUACACAAACUUAAAAAUCCAUUUAACAGUUAAUCAACACGAAAAAACUCGUGAAAGUGCGAUUAAAUGUUUCAAAAAUUAUUGUAAAUUAUUUCCCUUGGAGGUAGAACAAGAAAUUUUGGAUAAGAUUUCCACCAGUGAUAACACUUCCUUAGAUCUGUUCUUAGAUGCCCUAUGUGAAGUUGGAUCUAAUGCAAAGUUGACUGAGAAAAUCUUGAAAAUAUUCAUUAAUUCUUGUACAAAUUGCAACGAUUUAAUAAGAUUUUCAGUAGUUUUAAAGAACUUGAAAAAGUUUCUGCUUCUCAGUGGGGGGAACGAAAGCAUUUACGCGUUUCUGUUAAGUGAUGGGGGACUAAUAAAUUUUAUUAUAGAUUUGCUUUGUAGAAAGUUUGAUGAAACGAGUGUGCAGAAAUUUGAAACCCUUUUAAAGAAUGUUAUCGACGUAUUAGAAAAUAUUGUAGCGGCGCAAGACACUGAAGUACAAAGAGCUAUUUUAGAAAAAUAUUUGAACCCAGCCAUUGUUACUUUUAGAGAUACUAAAAAUUCGGUCUAUGUCAUCUUAUUUCAUGGAUUGUUAUGUAGAUUGAAAAAGGAUUUAGCAGGGGAUUAUGGACUUAUCGGUGACCUAUGUGAAGCAACAUUACAAACUGACAACGAUUUUGUUUUCGAAUUUGGAGCACGAUUAAUUGCUAAUUUAAUUAAUAAAUUAGAUGAUGAAAAAGCCGUUAAAUAUAAUCUCAAAGUUAUUGAAAGUUGCAUAGAGGUUGAAAAAAUUUUCCAUAAACGCAAUGUGAUACUGUUUUCAUGGGUAAUUAAGGCUCUAAUUAUGAGAGGACACGAAUAUGGGUCUUUAUACACUAAUAAGCUCAUAAAUAUGUUAGAAUCAUGCAAGGAUGCCCCAUUAGGUUUUGAAUUGAUUAUGAGUGAUAGCUAUAAUUGUUUAAGUAGCGAAAGUAAUUGCAACAGAAGGCUGUUAUAUCGACAAAAAUUCUUUACGGAUGUUAUAAAACAACUGUGCAAGGAGGAAAAGCAACAAUAUUUAUUAGCAGUGGGAUAUCUCUUAAAAGAAAGUCCUAAACAGGUCGUUUUAAUGCAUUUUAAGAAGUUAUUGAAAAGUAUAGUGUUAUGUUUGGAAAAAAUUGAUGAUUCCGAGAUUUUGUGUAGCAUUUUAGGUAUAUUAUUUAGUUUUCUAGAAAGUAAGGAAACUAUAUUUGAGGACUACAUAGAUGAGCUUGUGCCAAGAUUUCUUAGUUUAUCACGAUUCCAAAAAUCAAUGAAAGUACGAAUAAAGGCAUUGCAAUGUUUACAAGCAUAUGCCAUUGGCUUUACUUUACACAAAUUGCUACAUCAAAAGCAACCUGUUGUUCACGAGUUGGAGCAAUGUUUGGAUGAUCCGAAACGAAUGGUACGAAAGGAGGCUGUCUUAGCAAGAAAUUGUUGGUUUCUAUUAGAUACACCCACGUGAAUUAAUACAGACUUACAUUUGUUGUUUUUAUUAUAAUUUUGCAGUUAAAACUGAGGGUUUAAAAUGUAAAUAAUUUAACAAACU